GUUACCGUCCGAUGGUGACGGGUAAAAAAACGGUACCGUCUUCCGAACCCUGGGGGCUCUGCAGCCCGCCAAACGAAAACGAUGAUGUGGCAAUGGCAUCCUUCUCCUUCUGCAGUUACCGUCGCCGCUGCUCGCUGCUUCUUCACUUCCUCGACUACCACUUUAAAACCCUAUUGCUUCUCCUCCUCUGCCAACUCAACCCUUCUUUGUAACCUCGUCUCCGUUUCCCCUCCGCAAGUUCCAAUGUCGACGAUAGACGAAGCCGACGUCGGAAUCCUCUGCUACAUCUCCAAAACCCCCGGAUUCCGGGGCAUUCUCAAGCAAAGGUAUGCUGAUUUCAUUGUGAAUGAAGUUGACACUGAAGGAAAUGUGGUUCAUUUGACCUCUUUGGACGCUCCUGCUCAAGAGGUAGUGGAGGAAACCGAGACGAAGAAAAGUGAUCAAGUGACAAAAGAGAGUUACGAGUCUGAAAUUCAGGCCUUCCGAUUACUCGCUGGGGAAUCUGAUGGUGAUCUUUUGGAGGGUUUGAUCAAUCAAGUUAAUUCUGGAAGUGAAGAUGGAAUUCCGCCUAUUGUACUAUCUCCGGAUACAGAUAAAGGCCAUAGAACGGCAGUGCAUAAUUUCUUCAAGGAGAAGUUAAAGUUCCUUGUCACUGAUACUGUCGACGGACCGGAUGCUUCAUCGAAAUGCAUUCGUGUGAGGUUGAAUUCUGGGGGUGGAGGCAAUAAUAGUGGAAGAAGUUCUAGGAAACGGAAAGAAAGAUGCGAUAAGGCCUUCGACAGUAGAGGUUCCAAAAGUUGGCCAGACCAUGUUGGCAAGUUUCUAAGGUUUCAUCUGUACAAGGAGAACAAAGACACACAGGAGGCGAUUGGUCUCCUAGGAAAGAUGCUUGGCAUUAAGCCAAGGGCAUUCGGGUUUUCAGGAACCAAAGAUAAACGAGCUAUCACCACUCAAAGGGUAACCGUCUUCAAGCAGCAAGCGACUAGAGUAGCUGCUCUGAACGACCGAUUGAUUGGUAUAAAAGUGGGUGACUUCUGCUAUGUCAAUGAGGAACUUCUUCUCGGACAGCUCUCAGGCAACAGGUUCACAAUCACAUUAAGAGGAGUUGUUGCAGAUUGCGAAGAGACCAUCAAAGCAUCUGCUGAAUCUUUGGGGUUGCAUGGGUUCAUCAACUAUUUCGGUCUGCAGCGUUUUGGAAGUGGUUCUGUAGCAACGCAUCUUGUUGGUGCAGCUUUGCUUCGUGGAGAGUGGAAAACAGCCGUAAGCUUGAUCCUUGAUCCAAGAGAAGGAGAUAUCCUUUUUCACAUUAGAGCCUAUGUUUUUCUUGACUUGAAUCUUUCAAUACAAAGAGAUGCAGUAAGAAUGGUGAGGGAAUAUUACAAGGAAAGCAAUGACAUUGAUGGAACCUUAAGGCAAUUGCCGCGCUAUAUGGUAGCCGAGAGGGCCAUUCUCCAAUGUUUGAAGAAAGCUCCCGGGAAUUACUCCCAGGCCAUGAAAGCUAUACCGAGGACUUUGAGAAUGAUGUAUGUGCACAGUUACCAAAGCUAUUUGUGGAACCAUGCUGCAAGCAUGAGGUUCCAAAAAUAUGGAAGGCAAGUUGUUGUGGGAGACUUGGUAUACCCGAUAGAUGAUGUAACAGAAAAGGAUACUAUUGUUGCUGCUACCUCUGAAUGUACGGUUGAACCUGAGGAAAUCGAUAAUUGCAGUUAUUUAGAUGAAGCUUCAGCAAUAGAACUUCCUGAGAAAAAAAACCUCCGUGCUAAGGUUGUUACUGCAGAAGACAUCAUUGCUGGGAAAUAUGCUAUUGAUGACAUCAUCCUUCCAAUGCCUGGGUCUAGAACAAUUUUUCCCGCCAAUGACAUCUCUGAUGUCUAUCAUGAUUCGGCUAAGAAGGAUGGUGUGAAUUUAACCGAAAGUGUGCAUAACGUCAAGGAAUUCUCGAUAGCCAGCAUGACUGGAAGCUAUAGGCAAGUUUUUCACAAGCCGAGGGACUUCGAGUGGCAACUGCUCAAAUACACCGAUGCUAAUGCACCAUUAGCAGAGACCGACAUGGACAGAAUUGGCAUGGAUAAAGCUGAAUGUCCUAACGAAGUCAAAGAGGAAGAUAUCGAGGUGCAUCUUGUUGAAGCUAACAGUGGAGAAGGGGACGAGCCAGUGGAAACUGAAGAAGAAGCUCCUGGUGACCUUGAUACACAGGAAACGCAAUUAGCUCUGAAGUUAAGCUUCACUCUUCCAGCUUCAUGCUAUGCUACUAUGGCCAUUCGAGAGCUUCUGAAAACCUCAACAUCGGUUGCCUUCCACAAAACUCUGAAUUAGAGAGCUAUAUGAUCCCAUUAGACACAGUCUGGCUCAGAGAGAUUACUGAAAGAAAAUGACAACCGUACAGUGGAUUGCGUGGAAUGUGUCACUUUAAAUUAGACGAUAAGUGAAAACGGAACAAAGCUUGAUAGCAGCGAAUUUUCAAGAGAUUCCGUUACUAAUUCUACAGUAUCGCUGAUCUUCGCCUUGUUCUUCCCUUUCCUCUCUGUCGGAACUUUUAACGACGAUUUUUCUUUUUGUGGCUCCAUAAGUUAUACGAUUUGUGCUCUUUUUAGUGACAACCCGACCCCGUCCCAGAGUCAGAACAUGUUCAAGUGCGGCUCGCAGGCAACGAGAAUUUCUCUGUCGCCGUCGCAACAAUACUCUUCACCACCCUGUGAUGGCGGCGCCACGGUCGACCGAUACAGCUUGAUGAACCACUGCUCCUGGACUUCACCAACGGGCACCCUUUUCGACUGUGCAGCCGACGAUGAGAACCCGAGACGAGGAAUCUCACUCUGCACGCUGUUCGUUCCAUCGCUAGACGGCGACCGCCUUGUGUUCGACGAAAUGCUCCUACGAGGUCUCUGCCUCGGCUCACUGUGAGACCUCGACUUCGCCCUGGACGACUGCGUCUUCCCCAUGUAGCUCGGCUCCAGGAACGAAUCCUGUCCUGACGAGACGCCCUGUUGAGAAGCUCUGUAAUGGCGGGUUGUUGCAG